AUGAAGGUAGUGGAACUUGCACUACGAUUUCCAACCACAACACAGUUAACGCUCGAAGUGCUUGCAACCGCGGAAGAGACUGCAAUCCGUGACAAGGCCGUGGCGUCCAUCAACAAGGUCCUGGAUGUCGUCACGGACGCGGCCGAGUUGGCGCUGCUGCUCAUCAAGCGGCUGACCGAAGGCGACUGGUUCACGUCCCGCGUGUCCGCGCGCUGGAUCUUCCCCGUCGCGUACUCCAAGGUCGACCCUGCGAGCAAGAAGGAACUGCGCGAGCAACAACACUAUUAG